AUUAUCUGUUAAUUAUAAUUAUAUCUAUCUGAAUCUUUCACUGUGCUUGAUGUAAAUUGUAAACUUUAAUCAAAUUAUUUUCAUUUUUCAGACCAGUGAUAAAUCUAGUAUAUUUUUUUCAUUAUGUCACUCCACAAUGAUCAAAAUCUUGAGUGUCCCUUAUGCAUGGAGCCAUUUGAAAUGGAUGACUUUAAUUUUUUCCCUUGCACAUGUGGCUAUCAGAUUUGCCGCUUUUGUUGGCAUCGAAUUAGAACAGAUGAAAAUGGUCUUUGUCCUGCCUGUCGAAAGCCAUAUCCUGAAGAUCCUGCUGACUUCAAGCCACUUUCAGUUGAAGAAUGGCAAAAAAUAAAAAGUGAAAAAAGACAGAAGGACCAACAAAAAAAAUUGAAGAUGUCAGAAAGUAGAAAGCAUUUAGCUAAUGUUAGGGUUGUACAGAAAAAUCUAGUAUUUGUUGUUGGUCUGCCAGCAAGGCUAGCAGAUGCAGAAGUCCUAAAGAAAUAUGAUUAUUUUGGAAAAUUUGGCAAAAUACAUAAAGUAGUUGUGAAUCAAAGUACAUCAUAUGCUGGUUCUCAGGGCCCAAGUGCAAGUGCUUAUGUAACAUACUGUAGACCAGAAGAUGCUUUAAGGGCUAUUAAAUCAGUAAAUAAUAUUCAGGUGGAUGGAAGAACAUUAAAAGCAUCUCUGGGGACCACAAAAUAUUGUAGUAAUUUUCUGAAAAAUCAAUUGUGUCCUAAAACAGAUUGUAUGUAUUUACACGAGCUUGGUGAUGAAGCUGCUAGUUUCACAAAAGAAGAUAUGCAACAAGGAAAGCAUCAAGAAUAUGAGAAAAAAUUACAAGAUCAAAUAUUAGGUUCUAAUAAUAACAGAAAACAGACUGCUUCUCCAACACCUACACAGAAUUCUUCAAAUUCUAUCAAAGAUUCUUGGCCAUGUACAGUUCAAAAUGCCAAAGAAUCUCGAACAAGCAGAUCAAAAGAUUCCACUCAAAGCCAGAGAACAGAAGGGAAAAGUAAUCGUUCUAAAAAUAAACACACAUCAGAUGGGCAGAAAAGCAAAAAAAGUAAAGGUAAAUCAUCUUCAGAAUCAGGGCAGCACAACAGCUUAUCAAAAAAUUCUGUGAAAGAAGAUAGUUCUGUGGCGAGGAAAAGUCAAAAAGGGAAACAUAAUAAAGAAUCUACUUCAGUACAGCCUUCUGGUCAUUCUACAGUUCAGAGGUUGGAGGGACUUCCAGCUACUAACAGAGGAAACACAGCAAAUACAAAGCUAACAGAUGUUAUAGAAAUGAACAAUAAAAAUGCACAAACGACGUUUGUACACAUUGCUGAGCAACAGAUUCAAUCAAAACCAGUAUCAGCAAGUAUCAAAAUUGCUCGCAGUGAGAGUCCAGUUUUGCCUCCCUCACCCAUAUCCUCUUCAAGUUCCUCUCUGUUCACACCUUUUGGGAGCUUAUCCAGUAAUUUUAUGUCCUCGUCGUCACCUUCUCCUCCACCCAGUAACAACAAUCCUCUAUCUUUUGGUAGCCUAGGUAAUUCUUCAAGUGCACAGGAAGCCAGUUCUCCAGUUACAACAUUUGCUGCACCAUCUGUGAUGGAACACAAGCGCCAGUCACCAAACCACCUUUUUGGUACCAUAGAAAAUAAUGAUUCUCUUUUUAGUCACAUGAAUUAUCUCCCAGUUUCAACAGAUUGUAGUUCCUACAAUGGCCAUUUGCACAAUGAGGAACCACAAACUACAGAUAAUUCAGAUUGGAGUUCCAAUUAUUCAUUUGGAGAAUCCCAAAAACAGUUACCUGAAGAUGAUUUAGAUUUUGAUCCAUGGAAUGAAUCUUCAAAAGGAUUAGCUGAUCUAAUGGCCAAAGAAGCUGUACAUAAUCCAGUAUAUGCUGAUACGCCAACGCCUCCUGGUUUCUUUCAGCCAAUCAAAGCCCCGGUGCCAAACCAGCAAAGGAUAGCAGUUCCACCACCUGGUUUUAGUUCCAGACAAGUACCACAGACGAAUUCAUUAGGCCAUUUACCUGGAAUAUAUGGGCCAACAAAUACAGAUUAUCUACCUAACAAAUUGUCAUCAUUUAGAGAGGCAAGACAAACUCUAAAUGGUUGCACACAUUAUUACCAAGAUCAGCCACAAAAUCCCCUUGGCAUUUCAAAUCAGUUUAAACAACAGUUCCCUCAACUUAAUUCCCGUGAUAAUAAUAUAAUUGAAAGUCUUAGAAUGAAGAAAAAUUGGGAUGAACGUUUCAGAAAUCUUGUCCCUGAUAUGCUAUAUCACUUGAGUUCUAGAAAUAUUCAAAAAAAUCAGACUCAAAGUGGGCCAACGUGGAACCAUCAGACAAGAGAUAUCUCAUGGUUGUCAAAUGAGUCUGCAAUGUUAAAUUCUGGCAAUAUCACAGAAGGUCAAAGAGGCAGUCCUCACAUUUGGAUGAAAGCUCUUCAACAACUCACACUUGAAGAAAACUCUACACAGUUCAAUGGCCAUUCGCCUUAUCCAAAUCCAUUUGCUCUUAGAGGCCAAUGGCCAACAGCCCAGUGCCCUCCUCCUGGUUUUGUUGCACCCUCUAGGUCCCCAGCCAACACCCCUUUCCAGCACAUGCAAGUUAACCAGAAAAUAUAAAAAUUGAACAAUGUGAAAUGGGACUUGAAUACGGAAAAGAAAACAAAUUGUCGUUGUAUACAAAAGCUUGUUAAAUAUUAGUGCUAUAGUUCAUUUUCCCUUAUAAAUUUGCUCUAAUAUAUAUACAUAAAUAUAUAUAUGUACACAUAAAACAUUAGUAAAAAUCUUUUCCUACAUCUUUAUCUUCUGGAUUUAUGGGAAUUUAAUUGUACGGAAUCAAAUGUUCUUUUUCUUUUUCCCCUCCUUGGCAAAUCCUCUGUCAGCACCAAGGUCUUUCUCGCAAAGAGAGAAAAAUAAAUAAAUAAAUUGUAUUUAUGUGAUAUAGGAGCAUGUAAUAAAGUUUGAUGGAGUUUA